AUGCGUUCCUCAAUUAUUCUCGUUUCAGCUCUGGCUACCGCCGUCAUGGGCGCCAACUCCACCGUGCCUUACACCCUCCCCGCUGGUUUCAAUAUUGGUCUAGUGAAAAGCACCGAUCUGAGCGCCUGGUGUGGUGCCCAGCGCAACACUUGCCCCGAGGUUUGCCAGAGUGGCACCAAGCUCAACUCAUGCGAUUCGUCCACUUUGAACUUCAGCUGUGUCUGUGGCGAUGAUUCUACCCCCGACAUGACCCCUUACCAGCAGACUGUGCCUUUCUAUGUCUGCCAGGCAACAUAUGGCCAGUGCGUCGAUUCGCACCCCAACGAUGCCGAGGGUCAGCGUGCCUGCAAGAAGGCCGCCGUCUGUGGUUCCAAGAACGCAAGUGAGGUGACCACCACUUCUUCUUCUUCUUCGACCACCGCUGCCUCGUCCACCCUGGCUCUGGCCACUGCGACUGAGUCUGCCGCCACCACCUCCACUUCCUCCGUGGCUCCUGCAAGCACUACCACCAACGCCGCUGUCGCUCUUGGUGAUCUGACUCAGUACUCCACUGGUCUGAUUGCUGGUCUCAUGUUCGUUGCUGCGCGCAUGGUCCUGUAA